UAUAGGCAGCAUCCAUCCCCCCGCGAUACUCUCUCGAAACUAAUGCGCGUUUCCAUUCACGUCUCUACUAGAAAGUUAUCCAUGUAGUUUAAUUUAAUACAAAAAAAUAAUAAUUUCAAAAUGUUAUUUUCUUUUUGGAGUUUAAUAGUGCGAAUGGAGAUGCUACUUAAAUUUUCUUUAGCAGUCUUUCUUUGUAUAGCCUUUCAGCAAGUAAAGGCGACAGAUCCAAACAAACUUCACGAAACCCCUCAAGAGAAACAAUUGAACCAGCAGAAAAGACGACUCUCACUGCAAAACACAGGUAUGUAGACUAUAGUUACUGCCUCAUACUUGUAUGUCUGAAAAGGAAUGUGGAUUAUACAUUCACCAGAUAAAGUCUAAUAAAUUCCCUGCUUUAUUUCUGAGUUUCACACACGUUGUCAUAAAAUGGUCUGCAAAAUGUCCUUGUGACUUUAGCUUAGGUUUUCUUAGGUCACUUAGCCUAUUCCACAUAAAACUAUUUCAUUGUGGAUUAAAAAGUUUUUACAAAAUUAUGACCCCGAAAUGACCUGUGGUCGAAUUUGGUUUUAUAGUGUCGUCCUACGCAGGUACGCAGAGAUCUCUAGUUCUGUCACUUCACUGUAAUUCAAUGCUCCUAGUGGCCAACUCUUAUCCUAGCACAUUCCGGUUCAAAUGCCAACACAAGCUCUGACAGCAAAGUGUUCUAACCCCCCGGCGCAGCCACACACCACCGGGAUUAUGUUGACAACAACAACUUUUUUUAAUGCCCUGGGUUUAUGUAAUCAAUCAUCAAUGCAAUGCCACAUGGACGCAGGAUCGCGGGAAUGUGAAAAACUCGCAAAUCAUGGUCCUAGCGUUCCAUGUGCCUAGUCAUUAACAGUGGUUUUUUGUUUAUGCGGGGUAUAGGAGGGAUGCAUUUUUUUGUCUCCUCUAGGGCAGCAGAACGAACAGGACAAGUCCUGACAACACUGGUCUAACCCUAUAAUAUUGCAAUUUCUUAAGCAAUUGUACAAGUAUUUGCUUAGUUGGCUACUAAGGAUCACAUAGAUUUAAAAUGGUUCAUCUCCACAGUUGGCUGUAUAUUUCAUAACAGGAUCAUUCUUUACUGAAAAAGCAACAGUGGGAUUUGGAGGACUUUUCAAAUCAUCCCCUAGGAACCAGCACAUUGACACAAGAUUGACUGUUGCAUUAUUAUUAAAAAGCUAUUGUUCCCCAAUAGUGUUCCCCUCUGAAGAGACCACUAACAUGCUUCCCUCCCUCGUGUCACCCUCAUGUUAAGUAACCUGUUCCCUCCCUCAACAUCAGCAGAGAUCCAGCACUGUCUGGUGAAUGCUGGGGAUGUGGGCUGUGGCAUGUUCGAGUGCUUCAACAACAACUCCUGUGAAAUACGAGGCUUACAUGAGAUCUGCAUGACAUUUCUGCACAACGCCGGCAAGUUUGACUCCCAGGUAUUCCACUUCUCCUAUACCUAUGAUCUACCCUUCUGGAGUGUGCUGCUGUCAUAGAGUGCCAGUAUCUCUAUUCCACAAAUGCUCUCCACUCUUAGAAAAAGGGGUUCCAAAAGAAAAAAACUUUUAGGUUCCAUGUAGAACCCGCUGUAGAAAGGGUUCUACAUGGAACCCAAAAGGGUUCUACCUGGACCAAAAAGGGCUCUACCUGCAACAAAGGGUUCUCCUAUCUGCUUGUAAAAUGAUUACCAACUUUACCAUCUUCAUGUAAAAAUGAAAAACUGCUACUUGAAAAUAAAGUUGAAUCCCCCCUCCUAAAAUAAAAUGUAUUAUAACGAUUAUGACAACUGUUUUUGUCCACAAUUGUAGGUUACACGAUUAUACAAUUAUUGUGCCAGCCCUAAGCUGAUGUGUCAGCUGUUAUGUUGAACUCUGUAGGGGAAGUCCUUCAUCAAGGAUGCCCUGAAGUGCAUGGCCCACGGCCUGAGGCACCGGUUCAGCUGUGUGAGCAGGAAGUGCCUGGCGGUGAAGGAGAUGGUGUUCCAGCUGCAGAGAGAGUGCUACGUCAAACACAACCUUUGUUCCGCCGUCCAGGAGAACAUCAACGUCAUGGUGGAGAUGAUCCACUUCCAGGACCUCUUCCCCAAAGGGUGAGCAUGAGGCCUUUUUCCAUGUCAUACUAAACUCAGUGUAGUAUGUUUCCAGAGUCCAGACUCCAAAUGAUCCGAAAUUCAAUUACUGUAGUAGUCUGCAUUCAGAAAUAUAAUUGGUCCUCCUCCACUUCCUCCAAUCUCAGGCCUCAUGUGGAGCUGGUGAACAUCCUGCUGGGUUGUGGUGAGGAGGUGAGGACAGCCAUGACACAGAGAGUGAGGAUGCAGUGUGAGCAGAACUGGGGGGCCCUGUGUGGCAGCCUGAGCCUGUGCUCCCACCCCCAACACAUCACCGUCCCUCCUGCCUCUCUGCAGGGAAGGAACACGCUGCCCCCUGCUGGACAGCUCUUCCUCCCAGCCACUGAACAGGAGAAACCCAAGACAAGCCAGCUAGACAGGGGGAGCCUCCACCCCUCUGUGAGUCUCAGUCAGGAGCCCCUGGACAACGCCACAGACCCUGGGCUCGCUGUGGCCAGUCAAGAACCCAAUACCGCCGUCCAGGGGUGA